GAAAUUUCCACCCUCGGAAAGCUCCUCGGCGAAUAUUUUCAAACAUUGACGGUUGAUGGGAUAGUCUUUCGUUUACCGGAUAGCUUGAGAUAAUUUCCGAUAAAAUGUUGCCGAUUCCGUUUACCAAGAUUCAUUAAAUAUAUUCGUCCGUGAAUGAUUGUUAUUAUGAUGGAAACUUAUCGUUAGAAUCAGUUCGUUGCUUAUCCAAGAUCGAUACAAAGCAUUUGAAUGGUAGUAAAGUGCUUGCAACUUUUUUCUCAAACUCUUUAUGCACCGAGUAAUCAAGCGCCACGUACAAACUGCUGUUAUGACAAAUUAUGCGAUAAGAAUCGCGGAUUAAAAUUUUUUUUUACUGUGUUUCAUAAUUCCGCCCCCUUUCUUUUCGACGAGUAGUAUUUUACGUCGCAACUGGUUGCGAUUGUUUCGUGCACAACUUCAUUUGGAAAAUAUAAUUUUAUCGUACGCGCGGUAUUUUUAAUAUUAACUUUUAGGGUAUGCUGUAGACUUGUGGUGAAAAAUUCUUUCGAAAUUUAUCUCAACUCGGUUUUGCGUAAGGAGAAUUGCUCGUCGCACGUACGCUGGUAGAAUUAAUUAUCGUUCGCGUAACUUUGACGGGGUAUCCCACCCUUGUAGUGCGACAAAUCCACCUACUUUCAACUCAAUUUUCAACCAGUUCGGCUAAUGGUUAGCGACAUUUCGAAAUAUAUUUAUUAUUUGUAUCACGCUAAUUUCACAAAAAUUGCUGAGCCAUUACUGAAAAACUAUUGUUUUAUUUUUCAAAAUAGAUUCUGCAUUUGAUAUUGUUAUCAACUAAAACGAACCGAUGAAACCGUUCUCGAUUUUUCAUCUAACACCGUUGUAAGAAACGUGCGGCGCUACAGAAUUGAUUGAAAAAAAAAAUCGGUAAAGCACUUGCACCUGGAAUUUUUCAUCCUUGGAAUUUUUUUCAUACAUAUUUCUUUUAAACGAUUUUAGUGGCGUAUAUUACAUCCCACGAGCAUCAGAUAUUUUCUAUUUCUCGUUGCUCUAUUUUUAGCCGAUAUAACUCGGUUGUAAAAUCCGCGAAAAUAGCGCGCUUGUAUAGAUCUAUUGAUUUUUUCCAUCCUGGCAAUCUGGUAAAAGCUUGAAAUUUUUAUAAAAUUUCUAGCCGUUUGAACUUGCGGAAAACGAAUAAUCGGUUUUUCCUUCACACCAAUUGGGUGGGAUGCCCCCUUAAACGGAGCGGAGAAUUUCGACGUAAUGAGCGCAAAUGAAUUCGCGGUGCGCCGCGAUUAAUUGUCAAACGGUUUUGAAAAUCAACGUCCUUAGCGACUCAGGGACAGUUCUCGACGGAAAGUAAUUUUGAAGAAAUAAACAUACCACCCAAAAUCAGGAAGUAAUCAGAGGCUGCUAAUCCUGUGUCGGAACUUGAUUGGGGGCUGUUCAACAUCAGACGAGAUGUUCAGUGUGAAUUACACCGUGAACACGACACCAUUGGUGACCUACGAAUUUGACCCGGAAGACGAUGAGAACAUAUACGUGCCGUACAGCCAGCGACCGGAAACGUACAUCGUUCCCGUGGUCUUCCUCGUGAUUCUGGUUGUCGGUGUUGCCGGGAACGGAGCUCUGGUCCUGACUCUCCUCCGCCACGCGAACAUGCGGAAUGUUCCCAACACUUACGUCCUCUCCUUGGCGCUGGGCGACCUUUUGGUUAUAGUUACGUGUGUACCCUUCACGUCGAUCGUCUACACGGUUGAAUCCUGGCCGUGGGGAUUGGCUGUCUGCAAAUUGUCGGAAUGCGCCAAGGACAUCUCAAUCGGCGUUUCGGUCUUCACGUUGACGGCACUUUCGGCAGAGAGGUACUGCGCCAUCGUUAAUCCUAUACGAAGGCACGUGGCAGGCUUGAGCGCAAAGCCGCUGACCAUUCUGACAGCCAGUCUGAUCUGGGUCUUUGCCAGCGUUCUGGCGAUGCCCUCCGCCUUCUUCUCCUACGUCCCCGAAGUCGAGCUGCAGAUAAACCACAGUAUACUGAUCUGCAGCCCCUUCCCCGAAGAAUUUGGGGAGAAAUACAAGAAGGGCGUCGUGCUGUUCAAAUUCCUCGCAUACUACGCUAUCCCCCUCUGCAUCAUCGCCGGAUUCUACCUUGGGAUGGCACGUCACCUUGAACUGUCGACGAGAAAUGUGCCUGGAGAAUUUCCCGGCGCGCCUCAUCACUGCGGGCAAAUCCGAGCUCGUAAGAAGGUCGGAAAAAUGGUUAUCUCCUUUGUGAUCAUCUUCAUCGUCUGCUUUCUACCCUACCACACCUUCAUGCUGUGGUUUCACUUUUACCCGCUCUCACGCGAGGUAUACGACGAGUUUUGGCACACGUUUCGCAUCAUUGGCUUCUGCCUAAGCUUCAUCAACAGUUGCAUCAAUCCUAUUGCCCUAUACUGCGUCAGUGGUGCUUUCCGAAAAAGGUUCAACGAAUAUCUGUGCUGCUGCGUUCCUUCGUCGAGGCGUCGCAGUCGCAGCGGCGGGCAAUAUCCUCGAACAAGGGGAGGCGCGAGCACCGUAUGCGAGACGAGCUUCAACUCUACGUGCAGACGUCACACACAGGAAUUCAAUUCGACGACUCUUUACAACCUGGGGAACGAUAAGCCGACCUGAGGACGCCUUCGGCCACUGCUGGCUCCUCUUCCGAAAGUCACUUUCGACGUACCGGAAAAUAAGGGACGCAGUGGUCAGCCUGCCUUGAACUUUCCGCAAAACAACUUUUGAUUACGCGACGCGACGGGAUCUUCGUUUGGUGAAGGCGAACUUGAAGUCGAUUCGCCGCCUUGCAUCGACCAGACAGACGAGGGGAGGAUCGUCGUAGGGCGGGUGACGAUCAGCCGGUACAAGUUACUGUCUGAAAAUUGAUAUUAAAUAACAGUCGAGAAUCGAGAAGAAGAAGAAACACGUGUGUCACACGACCAUCUCAUUUCCAUCUUGUCUUUUUACAAUCUCGAUAGUUAUACUUUAAGUAAAACGAUGUUUUUACCUUCAAUAUAUGUGUAUAAUAUGUCAUGCUUAUUCGAUAAUUGUAACGUAAACAACGGUCUCAACUCAAGUUUUCAUCAUUAUAGAAAGACUAAAACACGUCGAGCUUGAUAAAUAUACGUCGUAUGUUACAUAAUAAUUCUACAGCGUCCAUGUGUAUCGUGUAUAUACAGUAAGCAACAUUCAACACUUGACCAAAUAAUAGAGUACUAAAAAAUAAUUGCAUUGGAGGGUAAAAAAGUUAGAGGUGUUUCAGUGUUGAAAUUGUGGGUAAAUUUUUAUCAACGAUAAGAACUUGCGAAACAUAUCUAAUCACGUGUAUGUAUGUAUGCAUGUAUGUAUGUAUGACAUAUUACGUAAUAGAGAAAUGGCUGUUUCACGUUCAAAUUUUGUCUAUAUUCGUGGAGUAAAGUUGAAUUCUGUAUGUCGAUGUAUAAAUUGAUAGUUUACAUGAGUGUAAGUGAAAUAAUAAAUUUAUAUAAAUUCGUGUCAUUCUAUAAGAAAUUAGCUCAGAAUGAUAACGAUUUUAACGUGCUUAUACGGCGAAUCACGUUAUUAUUUCAAAUUUGAGAAUCAUUUAUGUGUACGUGUACCACGCGAGCGCAUGAGAGAUAAGCUUAUCGCUGUAACGUGUGAUAUCUAUCCAGCUCAAGAAAUGCACAGGGUGGAGCGUGAAAUAUGUUAUACAAGGUAUCGCGUACCGCGAGAUGUAAGUGUAAAAUUACUGUUCAACAAAAAUACACACACACACACACAUAUAUAUAUAUAUAUAUAUAUAUAUAUUUCAGUCGUUGCAAAUAGGUAAAUCAACUAUUACUGACUGUAAUUUUAUCAACAAUUGAAGUGAAUGGGGUGUCAAAAAGUGUCACUAAAUCAAAUAUUGUACAUAUAGGUAUCGUAAACGUGUAAAUGUCAUAGGUAUAUAUUACAUUCCAAGCUUGAUGCAAAUGUAAAGGGGAAAAGAUCUGCUUCAAUCAAAUUAUUGUUAACUAAUAAUAAAUACUAACACAUAAAAGGAAAAAAAAAUCACACUACGCUGAUUUCGCACGGUGCGGUGUAGUAUCGUAGAAUCGUUCGGAAUGUAUAAAAACAAAUCUAUAAA